GGGAGGAACAGAAGUACAGAGACAGCAAAAAUAAACUUCUUAUGAGUCAAGACUACCCGGGCUGCAGGCUGAAGACGGAAAAAAACGACAAAGACGAGGAUGAAGAUGUUCAUGUCAUGGAGGCUGAGAACAUCCAGGAAUCACGUGCCCCCAGGAAUCUGCAGGAGUCUGUGGAGGAGGAAGCCCCCCAGGAGUCCUGGGAUGAAGAUUAUUCGACUCUCUCAAUUCCUCCUGGCACAUUUGCCUUCAAUGAGCUUUACAGGACCAACUUGCACUCAUUAGAGGAACAGCAGGUCAACUUGGCUCAUGACAUAGACAAGAUUAAAAAGGACCGAGAAGAGGAAGAAGACCAAGGCACACUGUGCCCCAGGCUCAGCAUGGAGCUGGUGGAAGCAGAAGAGCCUGAAGUCUUCUGGUACUCACUGGAUAUAUUGUAUUCAACAUAUACAGCUUAUCUUGAGUUUUAUUACACAUGCCAGGCUUAUACAUAUGCCGUUUUUUAUAUGCAGAAGAGCAUGUUUGCUUGACUUUGGACAUGGACAGUAGGUUUCUUACUAUGACGGUGGUAGGACUCCACCUGGUCUCCCGGAUAGGGGUCAUAUUCCCACACUAAGACAACGUGUCACACGGGACUCUUGCCAGUGCAGAGUAUGAACCCCACACCAUGUUCUUUCUGAAACACUUAGCCCGAGUUUCAUAGCCUGAGGUAAUCUCCAGACAACUUCAGAAUGUAGAACAGUGAGCGGCACAACUGACCUGUCUCCUUCAGACAGCCCAUGUCACCACAAAUCACACAACUGAAAGGAGAAGAGACAUUUUGGGCUGAAAAAGAGUAAAAGGAGAAUGUAGCUACA